GCAGCAUGGAGAUCCAUGCAUGCCUGCCACACAGGCUGGAGUCUGGGCGCACCGGCCACAUUUACAUGUAUGUAUGCUGACAAGUUUGGCCAGAAGUCCCAUGUGGAAUGCGCAGCAUUCUCUCCCGAUGGUCAAUUCUUGGUGACUGGUAGUGUGGAUGGAUUCAUUGAGGUUUGGAACUUUCAGACUGGAAAGAUCAGAAAGGAUCUCAAGUAUCAGGCAGAGGAUUCGUUCAUGUUGAUGGAUGAUGCUGUGUUAUGCAUGUGUUUCAGUCGGGAUAGUGAAAUGGUAGCUACUGGGGGUCAGGAUGGCAAGAUCAAGGUAUGGAAGGUUCAAACAGGACAAUGUUUGAGGAGAUUCGAGAAUGCUCACAGUAAAGGGGUCACUUCUGUCAAGUUCUCCAAAGAUGCCACUCAGAUUCUAAGCUCUUCAUUUGAUCAAACUCUAAGGAUACAUGGGUUGAAAUCAGGCAAAACAUUGAAGGAAUUCCGUGGUCACACAUCAUUUGUCAAUGAAGCCAUCUUUGCUCCUGAUGGUCAUCUUGCUAUCAGUGCUUCUUCAGAUGGUACCAUUAAGGUUUGGAACAUCAAGACUACAGAGUGUAUCAAUACCUUCAAGUCGCUUGGAGGUUCAUCAGCUACUGAUAUCACAGUUAAUUCAGUCCUGCCAUAUCCCAAGAAUGCUGAACAAUUUGUUGUUUGUAACCGUAGCAACACUGUUGCAAUCAUGAACAUGCAAGGACAGAUUGUUAGGAGUUUUAGUUCUGGUAAGCGUGAGGGUGGAGAUUUUACAUGUAGCUGUCUUUCACCAAGAGGAGAAUGGAUCUACUGCAUAGGGGAGGAUCUCGUUCUCUACUGCUUCUCAACAUCAACAGGAAAACUAGAAAGGACAUUGACUGUUCAUGAAAAGGAUGUGAUAGGUAUUGUGCCCCACCCUCAUAACAAUCUUCUAGCUACAUACAGUGAAGAUGGACUCCUCAAACUAUGGAAAUCAUGAAUGGGAAAAACCUGCAGACAUUUUACAACUGUUUUCAGGGGAUCGGGUUGAGCGACAUUAGCAUUUUGCCCACCAUGCUUAAUAUUAUGCCAUGAUAUCCUCUACACUUAAAAGAAUUGUUUGAAAAUUGUAAAUGUUACUUGAAUAUACAUGUAAUUUAGUGAUUUGCCAAGUUAUCCCUGUUUUUUUACUCACUGAUCAUUGCCCCCCCCCAAAAAAAAAAUAAUAAUCAAGACUUUCGUACAAAUUGAUGAAUUGGCCCAGAAGAGUAUGGCAAUGGAUCGCUGGUAGUGAAUGAAUAAUAUAUUUUAAGUAGCAUUAUAAUUCAAAUGGUUUGACUGGUAUUUCCUGUUUGCCUUUGACAUUCAAAAUUAUAUGACUAUGGUAGUCAAAUAUUGAAGUAAAUGUUUAUUAUUGUUUGGUCCAAAGUAAUCUGGAUCACUUACUGUAGUCUAGAUGUGGGUGUUUCCACGAGGUUGGGUCAAAAAGUGUGACAGAAGUGCAAAAUUAAAUUAUUCCAAAACAAUUCCUUAACGAUCUGCAUGUUUUCCAGCACUAUUGAACUAACUGAUUUCAAUAAAAUCAUGUGUGUUCACCUUCAUACUUCUAUGUCAUGCAUCAUAACAAUCGGAAUGGAAUAACAAAGUUACAUGGACUUUUUUUUUUAACAACUUGUAUAUUUUGUAUUCUAAAGUAACACAAAAUGAUUAUUAUGAUACUUUUUCUCAUGGAAACUAUGGUCAUGACAGUAACAUUCAAUGACAAUACUUCUCAAAUGCAUUUUACAACAUUAUAACAAUGGUUAUAGUAACUACACAAACAUCAAGUAGUUUCUCGCCUACUUUUUUAAUUUUUCAUAGCUUAACUUUUCUGUGAUGAAUUUUUUUGGGACAGAUAACUGACCCAAAACAGGUUUAUAUAAACCUUGAAACAUGUCAAACAUAGAGACAGGAUGGAAAAACUUAUACUCCUCAUGUACUUUAUUCUAUGAUGUGGAAUAAUAUUUGUAACUACGUUACAUGGACUUCUUGUCCAUGUAACAAAGGUGCAAUGUAAACUUCUUGCUUAUAUUAUACUCUACAGUGACACAAAAAGGUUAUCAAAACAUUUUUUUCCAUGGAAACUGCUAAUGAUUAUUAACAUUCAAUGACAAAACUUCUCAAAUGCAUUUGACAACAUCAUAACAAUGAUUAGAGAAACUACACAAACAUCAAGUAGUUUCUCACUUAGUUUUUGAUUAUCUUUUCUGUGAUAAUUUUUUUUGAUAGAUAACUGACCCAUAACAGGUUUAUAUAAACCUUGAAACAUGUCAAAUACAGAGACAGGAUGGAAAAACUCAUAAUCCUCAUGUACUUCUAUGAUGUGGAAUAUUUGUAACUACAUAACAUGGACUUCUUGUCCAUGUAACAAAAGUGCAAUGUAAACGACUUGCUUAUAUUAUACUCUUCAGUGACACAAAAAGGUUAUCAAAACAUUUUUUUCAUGGAAACUGUGGUAAUGAUGAAUAACAUUCAAUGACAAAACUUCUCAAAUGCAUUUGACAACAUUUUAACAAUGAUUAUAGAAACUACACAAACAUCAAGUAGUUUCUCACUUAGUUUUUGAAUUGUUCAUAGCUUAUCUUUUCUGUGAUAAUUUUUUUUUGAUAGAUAACUGACCCAUAACAGGUUUAUAUAAACCUUGAAACAUGUCAAAUACAGAGACAUGAUGGAAGAACAAAAUCCUCAUGUACUUUUUUGAGUUUUUUCUAUGAUGUGGAAUAAUAUUUGUAACUACGUUAAAUGGACUUCAUGUCCAUGUUACUAAGACAAAACAGAAAAAAGGGUUUAAUAUCUGAAACAGGUACUGUUUGUAAUAUGUACAUGUAGAUGUGGCAACAUUUAUAUGAAAAAGAAAAUAACGAUCUUUCUAAACUUAUUUUUCCUCCAAGUAUAAUAUAGAUGGUAACAAAACAUAUCUAUGAAGUAAACUUUGAGCAUAUGUAAAAUUUUGAGGGUAAGUAUCAAAUAAAUACUUUGUCUUCAAUAAAUAGUGUUAAACAUAUUUUUCUUUGGCACCAAGAUAAAAAUGUAGCACACUAAAACAAGUUUCAGCUUUGGCUUUACAAAUGUAUGUCAAGUAAUAAAGAGUUGAAUAUUCUUUUUCACACACUGAGUUGUAAAGUCAUAUUCAAACACUGAGUUGCAAGGUGAUGUUCACACACUGUGUUGCAUAGUAAUUUUCACAUACUGAAUUGUAAUAGUUCUGAAAUUUUAAUAAGAGGUUAAUUGUCUCUGCAUUUGAGAAAAUGUUUGGUUUACUUUCUGAUAAAUUUCUUACAUAUUUAUUUCUUUUGCUCAAAUACUAUGUUUACAUUUGUAAAUUUCAGAGCAAACCACCUAACUUUGAAGGUUAUUAUUGUUAUGUAAAAACCAGCAAAGAAGUUGAAUAUUCUAUUGCUAAGAAAAAUAACACACUUUCUUGUCACUUCAAAAACUGGAGAUUCCAAGUUUGAUCACGCCUAUCAUGACUAUAUUGUAUAUGCUUUGCAAGAUAAUUCAGGUUUAAUUUCUUUUUUUCAAGUGAUUAGAGCUGAUGUAAAAUUUGAUAAGAUUUAAUAAAAAGGCUGCCUUUUUAUUUUUUAUUUCCUUUUUUUUAAUGAUACAAUAUUUUGUAAAUCUGUUGAUGGCUUGUGAUUGUUUGUGAUUUGUUCAAUAAAAACAUUAAAAAAAUAUAUAGUUUUGAAAAUAAUCUGUA